AUGAACACCGCCGCGUUGACCACGCUGCUCCGGCCGAGCACCACCACCAUGCUGCUGUGCAGAGCCUGCUGGCGGAGCUCACGCACCGCCGCCGUCAGCGCAAGUCGGCGGGGUAUGGCCACCACCAACAUCGGCUCGACGACCAGCAACCCAGCGGGAAGGGCACUCAGGUCUAGAGCUUCUGCUGCUCCGACGGCGACGAUGACGACCAAGAUCAAUACGGCGCGGACGACCAGCCGGGCCAGCAGCGUGCGGAGCGCGAGCACGACUAGCAGCGGCAGCGGCAGCGGAAAUACGCCGCCGCCGCCGCCGUCAGGAGGCAAGACUACCAUGUCGCGGCAGCAGCAGCAGCACGCGCUGCAUGCCGAGUCGAUGGAGCGCGUGCGGGCGCACUACAAGAUAAAGAACAGGACGACUAUGUAG